GGGAUUUUCAAUGGCAGGAGAAGGAGUGAUCAGACCGAGAUGAAUUUGAACACUAUUCUAGAAGAGAUUCUUAUUAAAAGGUCACAGCAGAAGAAGAAGACAUCACCCUUAAAUUACAAGGAGAGACUUUUUGUUCUUACAAAGUCCAUGUUAACCUACUAUGAGGGUCGAGCAGAGAAAAAAUACAGAAAAGGGUUUAUUGACGUUUCAAAAAUCAAGUGUGUGGAAAUAGUGAAGAAUGAUGAUGUUGUCAUUCCCUGCCAAAAUAAAUACCCGUUUCAGGUUGUCCAUGAUGCUAAUACGCUUUAUAUUUUUGCACCCAGUGUACAAAGCAGGGACCGGUGGGUAAAGAAGUUAAAAGAAGAAAUAAAGAACAACCAUAAUAUUAUGAUUAAAUAUCAUCCUAAAUUCUGGGCAGAUGGAAGUUACCAGUGUUGCAGACAAACUGAGAAACUAGCACCUGGAUGUGAAAAAUAUACUCUUUUUGAGAGCAGUAUAAGAAAAGCACUACCUCCCGCACCAGAAAUAAAGAAGCGACGGCCUCCCCCGCCAAUUCCACCUGAAGAAGAUGAUAAUAGUGAAGAAGUAGUUGUUGCCAUGUAUGAUUUCCAGGCGACGGAAGCACAUGAUCUCAGAUUAGAGAGAGGCCAAGAGUAUGUUAUAUUAGAAAAGAAUGAUGUUCAUUGGUGGAGAGCAAGAGAUAAAUAUGGGUGUGAAGGAUAUAUCCCAAGUAAUUAUGUAACAGGGAAAAAAUCGAACAACUUAGGUCAAUAUGAGUGGUAUUGCAGAAAUAUGAAUAGAAGCAAGGCAGAGCAACUCCUCAAAAGUGAAGAUAAAGAAGGAGGCUUUAUGGUCAGAGAUUCCAGUCAGCCCGGCAUGUACACAGUCUCUCUGUAUACAAAAUUUGGAGGAGAAGGUUCAUCGGGUUUCAGGCAUUACCAUAUAAAGGAAACGACAACAUCUCCAAAGAAGUAUUACCUAGCAGAAAAACAUGCGUUUGCUUCAAUUCCUGAGAUUAUUGAAUAUCAUAGACACAAUGCAGCAGGGCUUGUCACAAGGUUACGGUACCCAGUCAGUAUAAAAGGGAAGCAUGCACCAACUACUGCUGGAUUCAGCUAUGAAAAAUGGGAGAUUAACCCGUCAGAGCUGACCUUCAUGAGGGAACUGGGGAGUGGACUGUUUGGAGUGGUACGGCUUGGCAAAUGGCGAGCGCAGUACAAAGUAGCUAUCAAAACCAUUAGGGAAGGUGCAAUGUGUGAGGAAGACUUUAUAGAAGAAGCUAAACUCAUGAUGAAGCUGACCCACCCUAAGCUAGUACAGCUUUAUGGCGUCUGUACACAACAAAAACCCAUUUACAUUGUUGCUGAAUUCAUGGAAAGGGGCUGCCUUCUGAAUGUCCUCCGACAGAGACAAGGUCAUUUUAGCAGAGAUGUGCUGCUGAGCAUGUGUCAGGAUGUGUGUGAAGGGAUGGAAUACCUGGAGAGGAACAGCUUCAUCCACAGAGAUCUGGCUGCCAGAAAUUGUCUGGUAAAUGAAGCAGGUGUUGUGAAAGUAUCGGAUUUUGGAAUGGCCAGGUAUGUUCUAGAUGAUCAGUACACAAGCUCUUCUGGUGCUAAAUUUCCUGUGAAGUGGUGCCCACCCGAAGUGUUUAAUUAUAGCCGCUUCAGCAGCAAGUCGGACGUGUGGUCAUUUGGGGUCUUAAUGUGGGAAGUAUUCACUGAAGGCAGAAUGCCCUUUGAAAAAAACACCAACUAUGAAGUGGUCACCAUGGUUACUCGCGGUCACCGACUCUACCGACCAAAGUUGGCAUCCAAAUAUGUAUAUGAGGUGAUGCUGAGGUGUUGGCAGGAGAAACCAGAGGGAAGGCCGUCCUUUGAAGACUUGCUACGCACAAUAGACGAACUAGUCGAGUGUGAAGAAACUUUUGGAAGAUAAAGCACUGUUGUGGCCAGUGGCUCCCAGAUUCAAAAGCACGAGGAAGAAAUGACAUUUUGUGGUUUUUAAUUUAUUCAGCACUGGAAUGUACAAAUUGUUUGACUUGUAAUAUGGAAAUACCCAAAGCAUUUUCUUCCAGACCAACUUGAGCUCUAAGACUGAAAUGGAACCUUCCAGAUUAUAGAAAUGCUGCCUGAGAAGUGGUGAUUAAAAGCACUCACUUUUAUUCAUUCCACAGGCACUUGAGUGCCCAUUAUGUGCCAGACACUAUGCCUAGGUUCCUGGGUUCGCUGAUUGGAGCUAACAUGGGGCCAUGUUAGCUGAUGCCAGUGGGGAACCAGGGUGUUUAGGAAAGGGAAGGGUAUUAGAGUCAGGUUCCAGAAAUCCCUCUCCUCCCUUUGACUUUUGCAGAAAUCUGGGCCUGGGGCAUUGUCUAGAAUGUGGGUUCUGGAUGAAUCAAGAACCCAUCUUGGAUAACUACCAAUGUUUUGUUUUGAAAACAUCUAUGUUUUCAAGACUACUGUUAGUAUUACAUUGAAAAAUAUGUGUAUGCUGUAUAUAUUGUAAAUAUAUAAUAUAUAAAGUUAUAUAUUUAUUAAAAAAACCUGAAUUGUCUUUUAAUUGAAACUUUCAAUUCUGUAAUGUCAGCUGACCUUCUUAGGACUGGUGAUUGUGCCUUACCAGUGUCAGACCUUUUC